ACUCCCUCAAAAGCUAUAGACCUUCCUUAUAUUCAUAUAUAUGUAUCUCAAUCCUUUCCUUCACUCUUAUACUUCAUAUUAAAAGCUACUUCAAGAGUUACAUCGUUCAGUAUUAUUAUUACUACAAUUUUGUGCUAAGAGAGAGAAAUUAAUUUCUCAUUUCAAAUUCGAUCUAAUGGCUACGGGGAAAAUUCUCAAACCGUCAAAGUGGUUUUCAAACAGAAGUCUCAAGCUUAGUCUUCAUCGUGGAAGAUCAAGAUUCUCCAAUUCUUCACCGAGUUCUCCAAGAACUCCCACGUCAGCAUGUGCAACUCCCAAGAAUAAUAGCAAUGGAGAAAAUGGGCUAAUAGAAGUUUUCCGUCACUUUGAUGGUGAUGGAGAUGGCAAAAUUUCGGCCUAUGAGCUAAGGUCAUAUUUUGGGUCCAUUGGGGAGCACAUGUCACAUGAGGAAGCUGAAGGGGUGAUUCAUGACCUCGAUUCCGAUGGGGACAACAUGUUGGAUUUCAAGGAUUUCACAAAGAUGAUGAAGAAGCAAGGAAGGGAUGGUGAUGAUGAUGAUCUAAGAAAGGCUUUUGAGAUGUUUGUGUGGGAAAAAGAAGGGUGUGGCUGUAUUACCCCAAAAGGGUUGCAAAUGAUGUUGCACCGCCUUGGAGAUGACAAAUCCUACGAUGAAUGUGUGGCCAUGAUUGAUGCCUUUGAUAUUGAUCACAACGGGGUCCUUGAUUUCAAUGAGUUCCACCAAAUGAUGGCCUAAUCCACGAUGAUGAUUCAUGUAUGUUUUCGAUGUAUAUGGUUUCAUAUUCAAUCCAAACUAGAUUUAGCAAUUGCAAAAUUGCGGGGUUUAAUCAAUGCUUCGACACUACAACUUCUAUGUAUAUAUAUAUGUGGAUGCAAUGAAGUGGAGAAGUACUCACUAUAUUCUCAAAUAAAGCACGGUUAUUUAUUCGGCACUCCCUUAAUAUUAUGGUUUAUAUUUUCGUGUAUAUAUAUAUAUAUAUAUUUUACAAGGUAUUUUUUAAGUCCUAUCUCCCAUGGAUUUGCUAACACGAAUUAUAAGAUCAUCUUACUGAUGAAUCAAUUGAUCGUUAAUGAAGUGGAAAUCGAUGUGAUCAAUAUAGAAAAAUCUAUGGUCAUCGAAAAAUUACUUUUUGGGCAGAUUAAGCCACGGCAUUAAUUACUUACCCAAAAGAUGUAGAAAAAUCUAUGGUCAUCGAAAAAAUAUCCUUGCAUAAGCUUGAGAAUUGUACUUCUAAGAAGCAGACACGAAUUGACAUAUAUCUUGCUUCAUCGCAUCCGUUGUACUUUUAAUUACCCUUAAAGUGAA